GAGACGGCGCCUUUAGCGACUCGAGCGGGGAAACGCGGCCACACGCGGCGGCAAGGCGUGUUUGUGGGUGGGUGUGAACUGCACGCCAGCUCCGUGUAGUUCGCGCACGGCUUCGCGUUGAGAAAGUGUGCAGGACUCGUGGCGAACAGCGGGGCGAGGAGUGUGCGGUUUCACCACCUGCAGCCUCGUUGUUCAGGGGAUGUGGACCGCCGUGGUCGCCGGGGUGAAUCCAUCGGAAACGUCCACUUCCAAGAGUGUCUAGCACUGAAGAACGGAGUGGAUACCUUAUUGGGUUGUGAAGGGUGGCCAUGGAGUUUGAGAAGGUUCUACGCGAGGUCGGAGGCUAUGGCCUAUUCAACAAGACCAUCGUCACAGCAGCGUUGAUGCUGUCCGCGUGGCACGCGACGCUCUGCUACUUCGGUCAAGUGUUCAUCCACAUCACACCAGCCAGCCAGUGGUGCUUCCUCAAUUACACAGGCGACAGCUCUACACCGCCUGUAGACGUGAGAGAGCUUCCAACAGGUCGCUGUCAGCUACUACGGCAACAGCCCGAUGGCCAGUACAGCAGCAACGACACAGCAAUCGCUGACAGCGGCAGCGAGUGGGUUACUUGCCCCACGAGAUGGUACUACGAUAACAGCGAGAUCUAUACCACCGUCACCAUGGAGAAUCAAUGGGUGUGCGGAGACAGCUGGAAGAUGUACGCAGUCCACACAGCCUACUUCACAGGGUCCAUAAUCUCCUAUUUACUUUCUGGAUUCCUUGCCGACAGGAUAGGCCGAAAAAAGACAGUAAUCCUUGUCAUGCUCAUCGGUGCAACUGGGAAUUUGCUUGGGACAUUCUUUCCCACCUUCUCGACGUUCCCAAUUUGGAGGUUUAUGACGUCCAUGGGAUCUGAUACCGUGUGCACCACCAUCUACGUCAUCGCGUUGGAGUACACGGUGAAAGAGCGGCGCACGCUGGUCGCCUUCCUGUGGGCCAUAAACUGGUCCGUGCUGGCCACUGCGCUGCCGUGGUACACUUAUCUCAUUCAGAGUUGGAGGGGCCUCCUUAUCACAAACACCGCUGUCGACGCAGUUCUGCUUAUCUCCCUCUGGUGGCUGCCAGAAUCUUCUGGAUGGUUGCUGUCCGUUGGCAAGAAAAAGAAAGCCCUGCAGACCUUCCAGAAGAUUGCUCGAUUCAACGGAAAGGAAGUCAGCGAGGAGCGCCUCAACGAACUUCUACAAGACCCAGAGCCCAAAGAUGCCCAGGGCAACGAGAAAAAACAGAAAACAGGUUUCUGGCAGACGACUGUCGCCGUUGUCAAGUAUCCCAGGUUACGCAAGAUCGUCAUCUUCUCCUAUCUUGGUUG